AUAUGCUUCCAAAAAUAUUAAUAUUCCUACUGCCUGCAUUUUUAGCAGCUGAAGACGUCACUCAGAGACAACUGAAACCGGUAAAGGGAGUUCCUCAUUCUCGUCUCAACCUGUACCAACCUUCCACAACUGACACCUUCCGAUGCUUGGACGGAUCCCAAACAAUUCUCUAUUCCCAAUUAAACGAUGACUAUUGCGAUUGUAAAGAUGGAAGUGAUGAGCCCGGAACUUCUGCUUGUGGAAACGCUUUUUUCUACUGCUCCAAUGUCGGUCAUAAAGGAAAUUUCAUUCCAACUAACCGAGUAAAUGAUAAACUUUGCGAUUGCUGUGAUGGAAGUGACGAGUAUGAUUCUGGUGUCGAUUGCCCAAACAUUUGUGAUGAACUAGGCAGAGCAGCUAGAAUUGAACAUGAAAAAGUUGCAAAUAUAGCUAGAAAAGGAUACCAGAAGCGUCAAGAGUUGGCUAAGGAAGGACAAGCUUUGAGAGAUUCUAAGCUGAAGGAUGUCGAGCCACUUAGACAAGAAAGAGCACUUUUGGAGCCGGAUCGUGUGAAGUUUGAAGGAGAGAAAAAGGUUGCGGAAGAUGCAGAGAGAAAGUUGCAAGAUGAACAUAGAAAUCAAUGGGAAUCAGUGAAAAAUGAAAAGAAGAAGUUGAGAGCAGCAGAAUGGUUCGAUGAGUUGGAUUUGGAUAAGAAUGGAAAAAUCGAUAAAGAAGAGCUCAGACAGAAUAUAUUUUUAGACGAUGAUAAUGAUGGAUUCGUUAGUGAAGAUGAGGUUAAAGCAUAUCACACAGUUGAUGAAGCUGAUUUGGAGCACUUCCAGUCACUCAUGUACGAUCGACUGAAAACUGCUAAACGCACUCAUCUUGACGACAUCCGACACAAAGAAGAAGAGGAAAAGGAAAGAGCUAAAGCUUUAGAAAAUGCUCCAGAUGACGAUGAUCUUCUAGCAGAAGAAGACAGACACGAUGCUGAAGGUUCGGAGGAUAUUGCCCACCCAGAUGAGGAUGACGAGAAGAUGCCAGACUAUCCACCAGAAGUUCAACAAUUAACUGAAAAAGCACGUGAAGCACGUCGACUAUUCGAUGAAGUUAAUACGAAAGUUCAAGACCUUGACGCAAAGAUUCGUGAAGCUGAAGACUUUGCUAACUCAGAUUAUGGCGAGGACAGCGCGUGGGCUGCACUUAAAGACAAAUGUUUUGAUAGAAAUGUCCAACAGUACACAUAUCAAUUCUGUCCAUUUGGACAAAAUACUCAAAAAGAUACGGGCGCCUACAGUGGAACUUCACUUGGAAGUUUCAAGGAAUGGAGUGGCCCAGAAGGAAAUAAGUACUCCAAGAUGCAUUUUGGAGAUGGACAACAGUGUUGGAAUGGACCAAAGAGGAGCACUGAUAUCACCAUUGAAUGCGGAGAAGAAAAUGAGCUUGUUGAAGUCACGGAGCCAGCAAAAUGCGAGUAUCUCUUCACCUUCCGAACUCCAUUGGCAUGUGCUGAUCCUGACAAGGAAGUUGUUCACGAGGAACUUUAAAUUCAUGUAACAAAAUUUUACAACAUGUUUUAUCAUUAUUUUAUACUUCUUUUAACUGUUUUAUCAUAGAAUUUGUGAGCACACUUUUUUAAUUCUUUGGGUAUCUUUUCAUCUGUGAAAACAACAUUCUUCUUUUAUUAUUUUUCAAUGAAAGAAAAGUGAGAAUUAUUCUCCUUGUUUCGCUUGAAUGAAUAAAGAAAACUAAUGGCGGGAACUCUUUGAAUUUU